ACGCAGUGAAUAAUUAUUCUUGCUUUCGUAGCCGCUUUGUUCGAGGUAAACAGGAAUACGCCAGCACCUCAGCUGUCUGAUGGAGCCACCUGUCGUUCGAAGCAGCGCUCUGGUCUUAACAGCCCGCGCCGUGGCAGCGGCUCGCGCAGCGGAAUCCCUGCGUGUAGACGCCCUUUUUUUCAGAUGCGCUGGCAGACAGCCUGAGCGGAUCCGAGGGUCGUGCCUUCAAUGAUGACGGGCUCACGGACAUGAUCGCUUUGCGCACUGCUUUCAUUGACAGCUUCAUCAAGGAACAGUUUGACAAGGGCACGAGGCAGAUAGUCCUGCUUGGUGCCGGAUUUGACGUUCGUGCGUAUCGUAUGUGUUUGGACGGUGCACAGUUCUUUGAGGUAGACCAGCCUGAAUUGUUUGAUGCAAAAGAGCCACUGUUCGCGCAGGUUCCGCUGCAAUGUGCCCGUCGCGUGGCGUUACCGAUUGAUUUGGGUAGCAAGCAUCUGAAUUUGGUGGAGGGCCUGCAGAGGCAUGGCUUCAAUCUGACACAGCCGUCCUGUUGGGUGCUCGAGGGCUUGAUCAUGUAUUUGAAACCAGGACAGGUGCAGCAGCUUGCGAAGCAAGUGAGUGCCUUGUCAGCCAGGCGAAGCACCCUGGUCCACGAUGCUGUGUCUGCAACUGCAAACAAGAUGGGUAUUCACUUUUGUGGCGCCAAGUUCCGAUCGGGCGACGACGAUUACGCGAGGCUGUGGAACAUGGCUGGUUUUGCCACUGCGCGUGUCAUGAAUUGGGGAGCAUUAUCCGCAGAUCGCCAGAUGGGCCAAGUCUCUGUGGACAUGAAUGUUGCGGAUGCUUCACCCCGGCAACUCCGAGGGAAUGAGGCCGUCGUGCUUGUGACUGCUUACAAGCCGCCCGAGGCCAGGGCUAGGGAACCGCAAGGCCGCAGCCGCAUCCAGGCGGGGCAGCUGCAGCACAGGCAGAAGCACCUCAACCGCUUUGCAGCCUUGGCGCGCAGUGAUGGUGCUAGUAGCGGCGACAAAGACGAGGAUGCGCACGAGUGAAA